AAGGAGGAGCGGAAAGAGAAAAGGCAGCAGUAGAAGGCGACUGUUACCGCUGGGACAAAAACAGUUCACCUCGAGCCUCCCGGACACCAUGAAACACACUCUGCUGACUGGAAGAAAGCUUUCGAUUUAUUAUUAAAUAACAAUAAAACAACAUUACGUUUAUACAGCCAAAACAGAUGCGCUUCGUCUCGGCUCGUCCUCUUCUUCCAUCGGCGUGAGCUAGCUUAGACUGUUAGCUUAGCAGUUAGCAGGACACCCACUCACCCUUGCAUGCAGAACUUGGCACUAUCAGGAUUGGACGAAUCAUUCUGGAUUUGCACCAAAACAGCAUCUGACUACUUUACAACUGCAACGUUAGCUGAUGUGAAUGCGGCUUUUUUAAAACGUAUUUAACGUUUCAUUUUUUUUUUUUUUUACAAAAGACAGGAAGUGUUAAUGAACUUCACUGCCAGCUAGCACAAAGCUAGCCCUGCAGCGGCACUGCUUCCUUGCGCUGCUUUGCUUCUGCAGCUGAAAGCGGGUCCUCUCAGCCUCUUCUCCCGUCCAGCGGUGCUGAUACCCAUUACCUGCUAAGGAGAGGCCACAUAUCCGCCGCUGUCUAACGCUGCUGGUCGUACAGCCCGGUCCUACUUCACCUCUCUGUUAACUUUAGUUGGUUGCUAAGGAGCCACACAAUAGUCUCCGAGAUGAUCCCCGACAAAGUGCCGAAGGAUGACGUCUUCCACGGGUCCGAGGACCUGAAGGAGAAGGCUCACAUCCCCAGCUUUGAGAAAUAUAAAGAGCUCUACUUGAAAUCCAUAGAGAACCCGGAUGAGUUCUGGGGGGACAUUGCCAAAGAUUUCUUUUGGAAGACCAACCACACGGGUCCGUUCUUCGACUACAACUUCGAUGUGACAAAAGGAGAAAUAUUCAUCAAGUUUAUGGAAGGAGCUUCCACCAACAUCUGCUACAACGUCCUCGACCGCAACGUCCAUGAGAGGAAGCUCGGCGAAAAAGUGGCUUUCUACUGGGAAGGCAACGAGCCCGGUGAUGAGCGGACGGUGACAUACAGAGAGCUGCUGCAGAGGGUCUGUCGGUUCGCCAACGUCCUCAAGUCUCAGGGAGUGAAGAAGGGCGACACGGUGUCCAUCUACAUGCCGAUGGUGGUGGAGCUGGUGGUCGCCAUGUUGGCCUGCGUCCGCAUCGGAGCCGUUCACUCCAUCGUGUUUGCCGGUUUUUCUGCGGAGUCUCUGUGUGAGAGGAUCAUGGACUCGCAGUGUUCGCUGCUCAUCACAGCAGAUGGUUUCUAUCGAGGAGAUAAGCUGAUCAACCUGAAGCUCUUAGCGGACGAAGCACUAACGAAAUGCAGAGACAAAGGGUUCUCUAUACAGAGGUGUAUAAUGCUGAAACACCUGUCCAAAGACGCAGAAGAGACUCUACUGGGCUCUCAGUCUCCUCCCGCCAAACGCCCCUGCUCUGAUCUGCAGCAGGAGAAACAGACAGUGAGAGUAAAGAAAGCACAUCCUGUACCGCAGGUCCCGUGGAACCCCGAGGUGGACUUAUGUUGGCACACACUGGUCCGUGGAGCUUCUGACGAGUGUGAACCGGAGUGGUGCGCUUCGGAGGAUCCUCUCUUCAUCCUCUACACCAGUGGCUCCACUGGUAAACCAAAGGGAGUUCUCCACACAGUCAGCGGCUACAUGCUCUACACCGCCACGACCUUCAAACUGGUGUUCGACCACCAGCCGGACGACAUCUACUGGUGCACGGCGGACAUCGGUUGGAUCACCGGACACUCGUACAUCACCUACGGCCCGCUCGCUAACGGGGCCACCAGCGUCCUGUUUGAGGGCCUGCCUACUUACCCAGACGUCAGCCGCAUGUGGGAGAUUGUGGACAAAUAUCACGUGAGCAAGUUCUACACGGCUCCGACCGCCAUCAGACUGCUGAUGAAGUACGGCAGAGAGCCGGUGCUCAAGUAUAAGCGAGAGUCUCUGAAGGUUUUGGGGACAGUGGGAGAGCCCAUCAACCCCGAGGCCUGGCAUUGGUACUACAGUGUGGUGGGGGAGAAGAGAUGUCCUAUUGUUGACACCUUCUGGCAGACAGAAACUGGUGGGCAUGUCCUGACUCCGCUACCUGCAGCAACACCCAUGAAACCCGGAUCUGCUACGUUCCCGUUCUUCGGAGUGGUACCAGCCAUCUUGAAUGAGUCUGGAGAGGAGCUGGAGGGGCCGAGUGACGGAUACCUGGUAUUCAAACAGCCGUGGCCCGGAGUGAUGAGGACGGUGUACGGAAACCAGCAGAGAUUUGAAACCAUCUACUUCAAAAAGUUCCCUGGAUACUACGUCACAGGAGACGGUUGCCGUAGAGACGAGGAUGGCUACUACUGGAUAACAGGGAGGAUAGACGACAUGCUGAAUGUCUCUGGUCACUUGUUGAGUACAGCGGAGGUGGAGUCGGCUCUGGUGGAGCACCAGGCCGUUGUGGAAGCUGCUGUUGUGGGCAGACCUCACCCCGUCAAAGGAGAGAGCCUCUACUGCUUCGUAACCCUCACGGACGGAGUGACGUACAACCGGACGCUGGAGGCAGAGCUGAGAAAACAAGUGCGGGAGAAGAUCGGUGCCAUCGCAACACCAGACUUCAUCCAGAAUGCUCCAGCACUCCCCAAGACCAGAUCUGGUAAGAUCAUGCGGCGAGUCCUCCGCAAAAUCGCCUGUGAUGAACGAGACCUGGGGGACAUCUCCACGCUGGCCGACUCCUCCGUGGUCGAGCAGCUCUUCCAGAACCGCUGCCGCAUGGCCGUGUGACGGCGCGCGUGAUCCUCGCGAGGAGGCUUUGACUGCCGCAGCGGGCCACCAAGGAAGCCAUGGGAGAUGAUGAUGAUGAUGAGGAGGAGGAGGAUUCCCAGGAUUCUCCUUGUCCAACAAACAACCUUUUAGCUCCUUAUGAGUGUGGCCGGUGUGCAGCGGAGCACAAAACAUUUUUGUUUUAAACUGACCCCACUGUCCUUUUAAUGUAAGAAAAAUCCGCAGGAGGGAGAGACAUCUGUCUGCUCACGUUCCCCCACUAAUCAAGUAGUAGUUGUCAUUUUAGCAGCAGAGGGACACACAGAGUUGGACGUUGCUCUGUAUGUUUUCUGUGAAAGACCCUUGUGCAGUCUAACUCGGACACGUAACACUUCCUUUUAUCCUAGCCAAUAACACAGCAAUAUCUGCUGCCUAACAGCUGGGUGAAAGUGUAAAUUCAGUUUCAUUACAUUGGCUUUCUUGUAGUUGAGGUGUCCCUACACUGGAGUGAGGCUAAUGCGAGGUGCUACCUGUAACGGCCCGGUUUGAUUCAACAAAGCUGUCCUCUUCCGUCCCUCGCUGCCACCGUACUGUUAUGUACACUGAUGAUUACGCCCCAUUUCUACAGCUUUCAUUUUCUAAUAUCAUUUUCUACAAUGUCUUUUAAUCUGCCUGAUUUUUUUGCUCUAGGAUUCCUCUUUAUCUCUGCUUGUACGUUCGUUCUCCUCUUUGUGUUGAAGUUGCUCUGGGAGCUUCUCUUCUUUAGGUUUGGUGGAAACAGGGAAAGUGUGCGCAGCUUCACGUCACAUGGUCGAUUCCACUCACUAAAGCUCAGAACCAGCUACGGCUCUCACAUGGGAAACCCCCCUUUUUUUUUUUUUUUUUACUACAUCCUCUCAAAGUUGAUCCAGAAUCAAAAACUCUCCUCGUGGGAGUUGAUGUAUUCCAGAGACGAGAGGCCGGAGCUUGUGAGGGCGAGCGAUGUGGCGCUAGGUGAUCUAGGAUUUGAUGCACGCCUCCCUCGUGUCUCUAGACUCCAUGUUGGUAAGGUACCAAACGCAAUCCCACACUGCAAGUAUCCUUUUUGGAUUUAGUCAAAUAAUCGCCUAUAUUUUGGUUGAUGGUAGGGUACUAGUAUCAAGAAAUAACACGCGUUGACGUCUUCUUAAAAGGUUCACCUUUGUUCAGCGGAUAGUUUUUCCAUAUUUAACUUUCUUCUUGACGAACGUCACAGCUGUGAUUCGAGCGAAUACUCGAGUGCAAUGAAUCAGAAGCAGGACCUCACAUCUAUCAUCAGCUGUUCAUCCUUUUCAAAUCGGUCGCUGUUUGUGUUUCAAUGUGCCAACAUACGUAACUGUUUGGCUGGGUGUAUAAAGCUAAUAAUUGUAAUUAAUAAUCUAAUGUCCAGGGGAAAAAAAGGUGCAGCUGCAUAUUUGAUUUAGGAGAUUUGAAUGUGUGAUUGUACAAUAGUGAAGGAAAGAGAAUUUUGCUGUUUGUAUUUUUAUUUUUCUCUGUUCAUCCUCAUUUUUGUUAUUAUUUCUCUGUAUCAACGUGUAUGCAAUGACAGUAAAUGGACAUGACUACUGCCUCUCA